AAGUCGACUGUGUACGUAUGUACGUUUUUUAUCAGAUCGCAUUGUCUAUCCAAUAUCUGAUUUGAUCUUCGAUUAACGCGUAUAAGCGGAUAAUUAAAUGGCUUCGAUAAUUAAAUGAUUAAGAGGCGUUAACCGGAGACCGGUAGGACUCCGGUCGUUGAACGGUUAACGUCGUCGCCGUGUUUUGUUACGUGCGCGCGUCCCGCAAGUGUCAUUUACAUCAGUUGUGCGAAGAGGACGGUGCCGUUCGUUUCGGCGAAGUCAAAGAACCGGAGUAGUUAAUUGACUGACUUGGAGGCAGACACGUGAAGACGCGGGAACACCGAAAUUCUUAUAGAUCAUGAUUCGAUCAAGCCUCGUGUUUAUGCUAAUCAUCGUCGUCUCGUAUCAUGUCACUACCGGUGAAGAUUGCAAAGGAUGCGUCCCUUUGGACUCCUAUUCCUUCGACAAGGUGAUUCCUAGAUUCAAGGUGGUACUCGUUAAAUUCGACGUCGCAUUUCCAUAUGGUGGCAAACACGAACAAUAUGCGACAGUGGCAGCCGAUACUAAGGAUUCGCAAGAUCUCCUAAUAGCCACAGUGGGUGUUAAAGAUUUUGGUAAUAAGGAUAAUUCCGAUUUGGCUCAACGUUAUAACAUCAAGAAGGAGGACUUCCCGGUAGUCCUAUUAUUCGUUCAAGGUAAAUCGGAACCGACAAGAUUUACUACCGAAAAAUAUUCUGAUUUCACCGGCGAAUACUUGAAGCGAUUCAUCAGAGCAAACUCAAGAGUAUACUUAGGCCUACCAGGAUGCAUAGAACGAUUAGAUAAAUUAGCCGAGACAUUCAAAGCCGCGAACGAACAGGAAAGACAGGAAAUAUUAAAAAAGGCAAGAAUCUUCGAAGAGACUCUGCCAGAAGAGCAACGAGAGGCUGCAAAGACUUAUGUAAAGACUAUGGAGAAGAUUUUGGAGAAGGGAGAUGUAUUUGUACAAACGGAAGAAACACGAGUACAGGGACUUCUUUAUAGAGGAAAAUUAUCUGAUCAAAAGAAACGUACAAUGGAAGAGAGACGAAACAUUCUACAGUCUUUCUCAGCAAGGGAUGAAUUAUAGAGGACCACAAUCAAAUUUAUUAAUAUGAUUGUCCAAAUGUUAUAUAAUUUACCUAAUAAUUAUAUGUUAUAUAAUUAUAUUUCAUAAUUGAGUUUCAGUUCGAAUAUUAAUUGUUUGUUUUAUAGUAGAUUUUAUGUUUCAAUUUUAUAUAAAUAUAAUUAAUUAGAAUGCACACUUGAUACAUUUGGACACUAUUCAAAACAAUAUGUCACAGUAUUAUUUUAUUCCUUAUUAAAUGUCAUUAUGUGAUAAAGUAUUUCUUGAUCAUACUUUCUACAAGAUGAUAUGUAAGGCUACUUGCUAAGGUUGUUUAUUUGUUGUGCGUGUUGUUCCUUUAUACAGAUACACGGACACAAGACAAACUAGGCGAUAAAUAUUAAAAAUAUAGACUUUUUACAUCUAGAGAAAUCUGUUUAUCUAUGAAAUUAAAUAUCUGAAUAAAUAUAAUUAUUUAUUUUUUUGUUACAUAUAAAAAAAGCAGCAAAAAAAUAAAAAUUUCUUAAAAGUAUGUUCCAAACAGAAAAUCUGCUAUUGUCAAAGAUUGUGGAUUAUAACAUAUUGUAAUUUGUACACAACAAUUUUAUAUUAUAUGAUGUACUUGUGAUUUUUUCAAUAUAGGAUUUGAUAUUCUUAAAACAAA